GGGGGCAACAAAACGAAUAUGGAACCGGUUCCGGAGCUCAACGACCUGACGUGAAAAAGUGUAUCACAUAACAUUUCACAUUAAAAUUGGAACGUAAAUUGUUCGCCCCGUCGAGAUAGAAUAUUUGGCCUGAAAAUUGUUAGUAGAAGGUGUUGGAGAAGAAGUCAAACGCCAGGAAACGCAACCUCGACAAGGCAAAAUCAAUAAUCGACCUCUGGAUGUAAGUGGACUCACACGCAGACCACGAGACCACGAGUUGUGAUGCACUCGUCGCUCAACUGGACCUCGCGCCUGAUCUCGCGUGCUCUCCGCAGCAGCUUCUCCACUCUUUUAGAGACCGCCACCGGUGGCGGAGGAGCUGCAGCGGCCAAGGGUACCGUGAAGUCGGGAUCCGCAUCGGGGCCAGAAUGUGGAGCAAACCCCUCAAAGCCUCGCUUUGUUUCUGUGGUGUGUGGCUUCGCUAAGGACAACCUACGGCACAAGUACCGCCCCGGAAAGUAUGGCGAGGACUCGUGGUUCAAGGCCUCCACGGAGCAGGCGGAUGUUAUGGGCGUGGCCGAUGGAGUGGGCGGUUGGCGCAGCUAUGGUAUUGAUCCCGGAGAGUUUUCGUCCUUCUUGAUGCGCACCUGCGAACGAUUGGUGCACUGCAGCCACUUCAACCCGCAACGCCCGGUCAACCUGCUGGCCUACAGUUACUGCGAGCUGAUGGAGCAGAAGAAACCGAUCCUGGGUAGCAGCACAGCCUGCGUGUUGAUCCUAAACCGCGAAACUAGUACCGUGCACACAGCCAACAUUGGCGACAGCGGCUUCAUCGUGGUGCGACAGGGCCAGGUGGUGCACAAGUCAGAGGAGCAGCAGCACUACUUUAACACCCCCUUCCAGCUUUCCCUUCCGCCCCCGGGACAUGGACCCAACGUCCUUAGCGAUAGUCCCGAGUCGGCGGACACCAUGAGCUUUCCCGUCAAGGACGGCGAUGUGAUUCUCAUUGCCACCGACGGAGUGUUCGACAACGUCCCCGAAGAUCUUAUGCUGCAGGUGCUCAGCGAGGUGGAGGGUGAACGUGACCCCGUCAAGCUGCAGAUGACAGCCAACAGCCUGGCCUUGAUGGCCCGCACAUUGUCGUUGAACAGCGAGUUCCUCUCGCCGUUCGCCCUGAGCGCCAGGAGGAAUAACAUCCAGGCGCGUGGUGGCAAGCCCGACGACAUCACCGUAGUCCUGGCCACUGUGGCAAUGUGAGAUGUCCUCCCCCCUCUUUAGUGUUUAGUGUUUACUUGUAGUCCGUACGUGUUUAGUUAGCUUUAGGAGCCUGUUUCGUGGUUCUGUCUACCGUUUAAGCUGCAUGUUGAGAUUGAAGACGAAUAUUCAAACGAAGACGAGGACAAGCGACUUUUGAUUGUUAGUUACAUAUAUACGAGUCAACUCAUUUUCGAACCAAUCGACAAACUAAUUCGACGCAUCCUGGUGAGCGACCCACGCCUUGCAUUGUAUACAUAACUCUUGCUAUAAGUAGAAAAAAUCCAAAUCCGGACGAAUUGUGGACAACGGUCUGUAUCAGUCUCAAGCGAUCUCUGUCGUCAGAGGCGUUCCAAUCGCCGCGAAACAAACAAAAACAAACAGAUUGCGAAACCUAAGCCCGAUCGGAUCCGGAUAGCAGGGUCCAGAUUCCGGCCCAUGGAUGCCAUCUGAUUAAGGACUGAGGAUUAGCCAUUUAGCCAGGUGUACUGUCUUGAUGUGAAGCUACGAUUAUUGUCGAUAUGUACUCACUGAUAUUGCGACCCAAUAAAAUUAUUCAUUUAAAACACAA